AUGGGCUGUUGUUAGGGACAUUAAAAUGGUUAGAAAAUACAAUAUUUUAGAUAUGAAUUAAUUAACAGAAUUAGCUAAGGAGUUGACUGAAUAUCAGUAACCAGAAUAUUUUGCUGAUAUUUUAGAUUUGAAAACAUAAAAUAAAUUAAAGGAUAAAAUGAAUGACUAAGAAAAGGAUUUAGAACAGACACCAAAAAAAGAGACUAACUAUUCUUAAGAUAUGAAAAGUGGAAAAAAAGAAAAUAAUUAAGAUUCUAAAUCAUAAAAUAAGUUAUAAGUAUAAGAGAAAUAAUGGACAAUUAAAUAAAAUAUGUUUGUUAGAAUUAAUUCAAAAAAAAAUGUAAAUGAAUUUUACACUGUAAAAGAAAUGAUUGGAUAAGGAGGGUUUGGAAAAGUAUAUAAAGUAGUUCAUAGAUAAACUGGUUUUAUUAAUUCUUAUAUUUAGGUAUGGUGAGAGCUAUGAAAUUGAUCUUAAAAUCUAAAUUGAAAAAAGAAGAUUAAGAAAAAUUAUUAGAAGAAACUAAUAUUUUAAUGGAUAUUGAUCAUCCAAAUAUUGUCAAAUUAUAUGAAAUGUAUUAAGAUGAUAAUUCUUAUUAUUUAAUCAGUGAAUAUUGUGAUGGUAAAACUAUUAAAAAUCUUCUAUGAAGGUGGUGAAUUAUUCGAAAAAAUUAAAUUUGUUCAAACCUUAACUGAAAAAGAAAUAGCUAACUAUAUGAAAUAAAUCUUAACAGCUGUGGCAUAUUGUCAUUCAAAAGGCAUUGUACACAGAGAUUUGAAACCUGAGAAUAUAUUGUUUGAUUCUAAAAAUCAAGGUGCUUCUUUAAAAAUAAUUGAUUUUGGAGCAAGUGCUAAAUUAAUUAAUGAUGAAAAAUUAAAAAAAAGAAUUGGAACAGUAUAAUAUAUAAAUUAUUUAAGCCAUUUUAUGUUGCUCCAGAAGUUUUGAAUGGUAGUUAUGAUGAAAAAUGUGAUAUUUGGUCUUUAGGAGUUAUACUGUAUGUUUUGCUUUGUGGAUAUCCUCCUUUCUUUGGACAUAGUGAAGGAGAAGUAUUAGCCAAAGUUAGAAAAGGAACCUAUUAAUUUGAUAGUAAUGAUUGGUCUAGAGUAUCUAUGCAAGCUAAAGAUUUGAUAAGAAGAAUGUUGUUUUAUGAUCCCUCAUCUCGUAUUAGUGCAUCAGAUGCUCAAUAACAUAGUUGGAUAGCCAACAAUAAAGCUAAGGGAUUAGUCAAUAAUAUUAGUUUAAAAAGAUUAUAAGAUUUUGAUUCCAAGAAUAAACUAAAAUAUGCAAUUUUAUAAUUCAUAACAGUUUAAGUUAUUUAAAGUUAAGAAAAAGAUGAUUUAUUAAAGACUUUCUAAGAUAUUGAUAAAAAUGGAGAUGGAACUGUAAGCAAAGAAGAAUUAUUAGCUGGUACAUAAUCAUAUAAUCUUAGCCUAUAUGAAAAUAUAUAAAGGAGAUUCUAUUUCAGCUUAAUAAGUUGUAGAAGAAUUAUUUCCAUAACUAGAUGCUAAUAAAUCUGGAAAAGUAGAUUUUAGUGAAUUUGUUACUGCUUCAAUGAAUAGAGAUAAAUCUUUAAGUAAAAAAAAAAUAGAACAGGCUUUUAAAUUGUUUGAUUUGGAUGGAAAUGGUUUUAUUACUAAAUAAGAAAUUAAUGAAUUAUUUGGAAAUGAAAUUGAUGAAAAUAUGUGGUAAGACAUUUUGAAAGAUUGUGAUAUAAAUAAAGAUGGAAUGGUAUUAAUAUAAAUAUACUAUAAUUUAGAUAUCAAUGAAUGAAUUUGUUAAUCUUUUAGAAACAAAAAUUAAAAGAACACCAUAAUUGUAAUGA